GCCGUUUCUCUCACAUGCGAGUGAUCACUUCCUCUUCUGCUUCAUUUUUAGCAAGCCGAAAGGUUGAGUUCCAGAAUAGAAGAUGUUUCUAAGGUGUUAACACAGUUGGGGAUCAAAUUCAAUUCAACUUCAGCACAGGUUGGAUAUUUUAGUGAGUGUUUGAAUUGUGACACUAAAGACAACAAGGAAAAGUAUGGAACCCUUUUCUUUGGACACAGAUGACAGGUCGGAUGAGGAGAGGACUAAGACCAAAGCAAAUAAAAAGGAUCGUCAAGCGUAUGGAAAGGCCAAAGCACCAAUGGAUACUGAACUUGCAGAGGAUCAUGGUGAUUUUGCUUGCCAAGUCCGAAUCAACCUGAACUUUUCUGAUGAAAUACAAGGGAUAAAAGCCGAACCAGAUCAGCACGAGAGGUUUGACAUUAAGAGGCUUUUUGAUGCCGUGUCCAAGGGUGACGUCAAUAGGCUGGUGAGCCUGGAGGAGUAUCUGAUUAAAACAAAUAAGAAGCUGACAAACAAUGAAUAUCGGCCCAAUGGGAAGACAGCCCUGAUGAAGGCUCUGCUAAACCUGAAAAAUGGAGAUAACAAAGCAGUGGAACACUUGCUGGGUAUCGCAGAGAGAAUGGGACAUCUGGAUAAGCUAGUGAACGCAGCAUAUACAGAUCCCUACUAUGAAGGACAGACAGCUCUUCAUAUAGCCAUUGAGAGGAGGAACAAGCGUUAUGUUGAGCUGCUCAUUCAGAAAGGGGCUAAUGUCCAUGCAAAGGCUUGUGGGACAUUCUUCCAACCACUUGAUGAAGCAUGUUUUUACUUUGGGGAGCUUCCUCUUUCUCUGGCAGCGUGUACUAAUCAGAAAGACAUAGUGGACCUUCUGAUGGAUAAAGCAGACGUGAGGUGUACGGACACUCUGGGCAACACGGUUCUUCAUGCGCUUAUGAUGGUGGCUGAUAACAGCCCUGAAAAUACAGACUUCGUCAUUUCCAUGUACGACUACAUUCUUACCAAAGACGCCGCUAAGAAUCCCAAAGAAAAGAAGCUGGAGGACAUUGAGAACAAUCAGGGACUUACUUCCAUCAAGCUGGCUGCGAAGCUAGGAAGGAUUGGGUUGUUUGAACACAUUCUGCAUCGCGAGUUCCAGCAAGAAGAGUGCAGACAUCUGUCCCGAAAGUUCACAGAGUGGGCGUAUGGCCCGGUGUACGCUUCACUAUAUGACCUGGACUCUGUGGACUCCUACGAGCCAAACUCUGUCCUGGAGAUAGUUGUUUAUGGCACAGAAAUACCUGUUAGAGAAAAUCGUCUCGAGAUGCUCCAAACUGAGCCACUUAAUAAACUGCUGGAAGACAAAUGGAACAGAUACGCCCACCGGAUAUUCCUCUUCAAGUUUAUUGUUUAUAUCAUAUACCUCAUCAUCUUCACAACUGUGUCUUAUUACCGUGAAGAAGGAACGGAUGAAAAACGACCCCCAUUUCCAAUUAGGAUUUAUACUCCGAAAAACGUUGAGAGAAAGAUUCCAGAUGGCUACUUACUGUUUGCCGGACAGGUCAUCAUGGCUAUCGGAUCACUCUACUUCUUCAUCAGUGUGCUGAUGAAUAUAAAGAGAAAGCGGCCAAGUCUGAAAACACUGCUGGUAGACGGGUAUUCUGAGCUGCUUUUUUUAUUGCAGGCUGUAUUCUUUAUCAUCUGUGCGGGGCUGUAUUGCGGCGGGAUGGACGAGUAUCUUGCCUUCCUGGUGCUCAGUGUGGCUCUGUGCUGGGUUAAUGUGCUCUACUUUUCUAGAGGAACCCGACACAUGGGCAUCUACAGCGUUAUGAUUCAGAAGAUGAUUCUUAGCGACAUCUUGCGCUUCCUCUUCGUAUACGUGGUCUUUCUCUUUGGAUUUUCAGCAGCUAUCGUGACUCUACUCAAAGAUGACCGUGAAGAGUUUAAUGCAACAGCCCGGAAUAACCGCACGCAGGGGCGGUCUUUUUUUAUAGACGAUCCGAACCCAGCUGAAGGCUGCAACAAACCCACCUUUAAAACCAUCGCCUUCACCACUCUGGAGCUGUUUAAGUUCACUAUAGGCAUGGGCGACCUGGAGUUCACGGAGAAGUACGAGUAUAAACACGUAUUUUAUGUGCUACUUAUAACCUACAUUGUGCUCACGUACAUUCUGCUGCUGAACAUGCUGAUUGCUCUGAUGAGCAAGACUGUGGAGAAGAUGUCCAAGGAAAGCACCGGUAUCUGGAAACUACAGCGUGCCAUCACCAUAUUGGAUCUGGAGAGAUACGCAUUCUGUCUGAAGAACAAGUUGCGCUCAGGAGUAAGGAGGAACCUGGGCAAAAGUCAGGACGACUGGCGCUGGUGUCUCAGAGUGGAAGAAGUCAACUGGAAAAAAUGGAACCGCAACCUGGGCAUCAUCAGCGAGGAUCCUGGAGAAUGCAACACAGUGAUGAAGACUGGAUCUCAAAGAGAGCCCAGCCGGCGUGGGUUCCUACGUGAAAUCAGCCGACGGAGGCCCAACACUCGUAUGGACCCGUCACGGCAGGAGACAGAACCCCUGGCAUCUAGUCCAGUGUAACAGAACUAGGAACUAUGAAAAUGUAUUUGAACACUGAUCCAAGCUACAUUUUGUCUGAUGCACAUUUCAAUUGCUUAGGCAAUCAUGGAAGCUUUGGAGGACUUUUAUUUUUUUCUGAGAGCACUUAGAGCAGGGGUGUCCAAUCUUAUCCGGAAAGGGCCGGCGUGGGUGCAGGUUUUCAUUCCAACCAAGCAGCAGCCACGCCUGAUUCCACCUGUUUAAUCAGUUGAUCUUGGCUUUCAGUAGACUCAGGUGUGGCUUCUGCUGGGAUGGAAUGAAAAUCUGCACCCACACCGGCCCUUUCCCGAUAAGACUGGACACCCUGGACUUAGAAUAUAUAUACAUACAUAUAAGUACAUAUAUAAUUGCACAUGGCACGAUCUAGUGCAAAUAACUCUUUAUUAAUACAUUUCUGACACAAGGUUUUUUUAAUAUUCAGCCACGAGUGAAAAUAGCCUAUAGAGGUCAGCAACUAGCAGCUCACAGACCAAAUCCAGUCUAUAGACUGUAAGGCCAACCAGUGAAACAGGAGAUCUUUCCCUUUCAUAAUCGACAUUCAUUUAUUUAAAUUCAAAUCAUCACAUCAAACGAAUUCCGACACUGAAUAUUUCAUUGAGUAUCGAGGUGUUUUUUUUCUUUCUUCAAAAUAUAACAAUAUAAAAAAAGAUAAUAAAAAAGAGAAAUAUUUGCACUCUAAUCCAACAGCUUUGGUUAUAAUGAGGCAGUCAAAAAUGGAGGAAGAAAUAUUAGCAUUAUAUUUAUCGAGUAUAUUAUAUAUCGAAUAUAGUAAGCUGCGAGGUAGUGCAUAGAACAAUUCUUCUUUGUGUAUGUAUACAAUUUUCAAGUUGGUUAAUUAUAUAGCUAGCUCUGUUGCUAGUAACCAAACAUAGGACAGCUAACAAGUGUACAUUAGUAAGUAAAAGUACAUAAGUAAUAAGAUGGCUGUAACUUACAUCUAUACGAACGCUAAUUCCCAAUGUAUACAACGUUUUAACAUUUUUUAUCAAGGAUUUGAUUGAAAAAUCUCAAAAUGAAAUGCAAAUGCACUGAUAGUACAUUGGUGAUUGUAGAAUUGGUAACAAGUACAUUUUAAGAGCCUCUCAGGCUUAUAUCAAAAUAACAUGGCACCUCCUGGCCAUUAAUUUGAAUGCUCAGGCUUGUUAAAGUGUGGAAAGUGUUACUGCAGCAGUUUUGCCACAUCCUUUUAAGCAACAUAGGAGCAGAAAACUUUUGAAAAUCUGAAUUAGUGUUGAACACAUGACAGAUAAGUGCUACUGCAUGAAAUAUAAGAGCCGUUCAGGUUACCGUGUGCAAAUACAGGCCAUGCAAUAUGGGUUUAUUAGUGGAAGGUAGUCAGUGUGAAUGGUUGGUCAUGUUUCAAAUUGCAUAUUCAUAGAAUAUGAAAUAACUGCUGAGAGGAAAAUUGGAGCCACUUCUUUAGUCUAAAGUUUUUGCUGACUUAAAGGUAGGUCACUUUCAUUUUAAAUGCACCUUAAAAUCAAUACAUCAGUGUUGAUAUUGUCUUCAACUGUGUUUUUGAGGAUUAGUAUGCUAUUUAAAUAGAACUUACUUGGUAAAAAAAAAAAAGAAAGAAAGAAAGAAAGAAAGAAAGAAAGAAAGAAAGAAAGAAAGAAAAGAAAAAAGAAAGAAAAGAAAAGAACAUAUGUAAUGACAACAUUUCUUUGUAAAAAGUAAAUGUUAUUCUUAGCCACAAUGUAAAUAUUAUAACCUACUCAAUGAUCCAUAUGGAAAUUACACACUGACAACAUUUUGGAUAUGAAUACUGUGUUUUUACAACAUGUCAUUUGUACAGUUGCAAUAAAGAUCAAUAUAAAGAAUGGC